CGCACAAUGCAGUCUUAUCACUUAAAAGCAAUAAAAGUUGAAAUCAAGGAAAAAAUCAUCACAAGUAAUGUGGGCAAUGACGCAUCCUGUGUGUUAGCCGCUGGCGGCAAGGGACCACGAAUAGUGGAACACUCCCCAUUGUGGCGGAAGAAUUUUCCCAUUUAAAUGGAAAUGGGUGGCUCCAGUGGUGGACUAGUUGCAUUUUUGCUUGUGCUGAACGAAGUCAGAUCGUCAACUUCUGAGCUGAACCAUGACAGAUAAAUUCAAACAGGAAGUCCUCGCGGAGCACAACCGUCUACGCGCCCAGCACUCGGCAGCACCGCUAGUCCUGGAUGAGUCCAUGUGUCAGUAUGCACAAGCCUGGGCCAACAAUCUGGCUAGUAAGAACAUUCUUCAACAUCGUACCGAGAAAAGAUUCGGCGAGAAUCUGUACGUCGUUUUCGGCAAGGCAAGCUGUUCCGGGGCGGAUGCAGUGCAGAGCUGGUACAAGGAAAUCAAGGACUACACCUUUGGUCAACCGGAUCCGGGGGUGAAGUUUUCCAAGGUUGGCCACUUUACGCAGGUCGUUUGGAAGAGCUCGAAACGAUUGGGUGUGGGUAUGGCCAUCGCCAGUGGAGGGAAUGGGGUGUACGUGGUUUGUAACUACGACCCACCGGGAAAUUUCAAGAAUCGUUACGCGGAAAAUGUGACCAGCAAGUGAGUGCGAAAGCCUAAACAAUAAAUAAUAUGGAAAAUCU